AACACAACCGAAGUAUUGAACCUUUCAGCUCUUCUCUGAUUCGUCUUAACUGAUGACUGAUAUCGAACCUAUGAUCGUUUCUUCUGGAUUAAUGCACGAACUCUUGAAUUGAUUGACAAGGAUGAACACUUCUGGAGAUACAGACCCGAACGCUCCUCAGGUGGUGUGAUGAAGAGUGAGUGAUGAGCUGUCUGUGAGGAAUGUCCUUCUGUCUGCUUCUGGCUCUCCUCACACUGACCGCACACACACAGGAGACCUCUGGAAAAUCUCUGAAACUACUUCAGGAACAAUGGAGAAGAUACACCAAUGAGUGCAUCCAGAGCUUCAUCAGCACACCACCGGCAUCAGGCUUGGUGUGUAAUAGGACAUUUGAUCAGUAUGUGUGCUGGACUGAUGGGUCCCCAGGCACCACAGUUAAUGUGUCCUGCCCGUGGUAUCUGCCCUGGUACCAGAAAGUUCAGCAGGGGUUGGUUUACCGUGUUUGUGGUGCUGAUGGUAAAUGGGCUCACAGUAAAAACACAAGCGAGUGUGAACAGGACGAGCCCGGACAGAGGCAGUACGGUCAGAUCCUUAAUAAAUUCAGAUCCAUGUACACCGUCGGGUACUCCCUCUCACUCGGGGCACUAAUUCUCGCACUGGGCAUCUUGGUGACAUUCCGGAAGUUGCAUUGCAUGAGGAACAACAUCCACAUGAAUCUGUUCGGCUCCUUCAUCCUGAGAGCUCUCUUCAUCCUCAUCAAAGACACACUGCUGGAUAAAAUGAACAGUGCUCAAACCGGACCGCAUCACUUUCAGGGUCAGCACUGGGUCAAUGCACAGACAAUCGCUGGAUGUCGUGCCGUCAUGGUGAUGAUGCAAUACAGCGUUAUGGCCAACAACUAUUGGCUGCUGGUGGAGGGCUUGUAUCUGCACAGUCUCCUGGUGACCACCGUCUUCUCCGAGAGGAAUUACUUCUACAUAUACCUGUUCAUCGGUUGGGGUGCACCGCUGAUAUUUGUGCUGCCAUGGGUUACAGUCAAAUACCUGUAUGAAAAUCAAGAAUGCUGGGAAAGGAAUAUCAACAUGGGCUACUGGUGGAUAAUCCGUUCCCCAAUUCUAUUUGCAUAUCUGAUUAAUUUCUUUAUAUUCAUUCGCAUAAUUAAGAUUCUGAUGUCCAAACUAAGAGCCCACCAGAUGAGAUACACCGAUUAUAAAUUCAGGCUGGCUAAGUCGACUCUCACUUUGAUCCCGUUGUUGGGAAUUCAUGCCAUCCUCUUCACCUUUGUCAUCGAUGAGUACGUGCCUAAACAAUCUCUUCUGAGACUCAUCCGCCUCUUCUAUGACCUCCUCUUCAGCUCCUUUCAGGGUCUGCUUGUUGCCAUACUGUACUGCUUUGUGAACAAAGAGGUCCAGAGUGAGAUGUUGAAGAAGUGGAAGAGGUGGAAACUUGGGAAGGACAUUGACGAGGAAUACCGUCACACCUACAGCCAGACGGCCCAUGCCAAGAGCGGUAGUAUCGCACUGGCGAUGACACACGAAUGCCCUGGCACCCCCGAACCACCAGACUCAGCUCCGCCCUCUGCAGAAUCUCACCGUCUGGUGAGUGGAUUUCAGAAUGGCAUGAGCCAAAACAGGAGCAGAGCGAGGCUGCAGUUGACCUCCGAGCCACAAGAGGGCGCUAGCAACUGCAGCUCCCUGACAGAAGACAUUUGUUUAACGGAGCAGCUGCUUAACAGCGUGUGCCCAGCAGUGGUAACAGAAACCAACGUUUGAGAGACCUGCUAUAGCUGAUGCGCUUAAAGGCGUCUGAAAGUGUCUUGAAGAUUAACGACGACAGAUAUUCUGCUAUUAUGUUUAAUAGAUCAAAGGUGUAGAUUUGACAGCAUUCAAAUACCAAUGGAUGGACCUGUGGAGACAACGUUACUUUAUAAACUCGGUCAUCUCAUUGCCAAAAAUGGCCUCAAUUAUGACAAUGCAGGGAGAAACACUGCACAGUUGAUCUAGGAAACUUUAAAGCCUGAAUCACUCUCUACGCAAGUACGUGAAUGCAGCGGGCAUUAGUGCAUUAUCAGAGUUGCCACAAGGGGUGCUACAGCGGGCGUUAGUGCAUUAUCAGUGUUGCCACAAGGGGUGCUACAGCGGACGUUAGUGCAUUCUCAGUGUUGCCACAAGGGGUGCUACAGCGGACGUUAGUGCAUUCUCAGUGUUGCCACAAGGGGUGCUACAGCGGACGUUAGUGCAUUCUCAGUGUUGCCACAAGGGGUGCUACAGCGGACGUUAGUGCAUUCUCAGUGUUGCCACAAGGGGUGCUACAGCGGACGUUAGUGCAUUCUCAGUGUUGCCACAAGGGGUGCUACAGCGGACGUUAGUGCAUUCUCAGUGUUGCCACAAGGGGUGC